AUGGACCGUGGUGCUUUGCAGCAAGAAUAUCUGAAGCGGAGAAAGCUGAACACUUUCCAGGAGCGACGCAAAGAAGGGCGCACAGCUUACACCAAGGCUUCGCGCACAGCCAUCAUCGUUGGUUCUUUGGGUUUGAUCUUCAACAUCAUGGCCAUCGUCCUUCCCAACUGGCGUUCUAGCUGGGUCGGGCUCAUCGGAUACGGUACCAGAAGGAACUGGGGCCUGCUCUAUGUCCAGGGCCACAAGACGACCUUCCACCAUACCAUGUUCGACAACAACUGCAAGUGGUAUGGUCAUCUGAUGCUCGGCAAUUCCUGUCUCUCACCAAUUUGCAGAUGGUACCUUCUGAAAUGCAAUUCUUAUUUCGAGCUGUGCCUCUACAGCUAUAGUGCAGCCUUGGGAAUCAUUAUCGGGACAAUCGUGCAAACGUUGUGUCUGUACUGGACGGUUGUGCUGACAACUCGAACCUUGCGAUGGGCGGCGAACUGGUGGCCUGUGGCUGCGAUGCUGAACAUUGCCGGUACAGUUUUCUGGAUUAUCAUGACUGAGGGUAUUUUCGAGGAGCUGAACGAAGAGUCCUGGUAUCCUGUUCCACCACCCGGGUUGUCCUUCAUUCUCGCUUGCGCUAGCGCCGUGCUUCAAUUGGUCAACUCUUUCUUGGGCUACACAUUGCACUACAUGUGGCCGGAGGUGGAUCCGGACAAUCCCGACCAGUUCGAUUCCGGAACGGAUUCGGAAGACGAGGACGCCGAGGAGUUGGACCCAGAUGAGAAGCAGGGUGGCUACUGGGGCUAUGACGGCUACAGCGGCUACGGUGGAGGUGACGCUGCUGCUGAUGGCGGCAUAUCCGCGCAAUCACUGUCGGCUUCGCCGGAGCGGAUCAAGCAGGUGCGUACACUGCUGGUAGGUGAUCCCUUCUUGAGGAAGGAAUGGUAUGACAUCAAGGCCCCGAGCAUGUUCACCGUGCGGAACUGUGGCAAGACGUUGGUGUCCAGGACACAGGGUACGAAGAUCGCCACAGAAGAGCUGAAGGGCCGUGUGCUGGAGGUGAACUUGGCGGAUUUGAACAACGACGAGGACCAGGCUUCCAAGAAGGUCCGUCUCUGCAUCGAAGAGGUCCAAGGCCGAAGCUGCCUCACGGACUUCCAUGGCAUGACACUCACGCGCGACAAGAUCUGCAGCUUGAUCAAGAAGUGGCAGACGCUCAUCGAGGCACAGGUAGAUGUCAAGACGACGGACAACUACGUCGUCCGCAUGUUCUGCAUCGCCUUCACGAAGCGCCGACCAGAACAGGUCAAGUCCAACUGCUACGCGCAGUCUGCACAGAUUCGCAAGAUUCGUCGCAAGAUGGUCGAGAUCAUGACGCAAGAGGCGAGCAAAGUCCAGCUGCGAGAGCUGGUCAAGAAGCUCAUUCCCGAGUCCAUUGGCAAAGAGAUUGAGAAGCAGACGCAGGGAAUCUUCCCCUUGAAGGAUUGCUUGAUCCGAAAAGUGAAGAUCAUGAAGAAGCCAAAGUUCGACAUCACCAAGCUAAUGGAGCUUCACGGAGAUGGUGGCGAUGACGUCGGUGUUGAGAUGAUGCGCCCCGAAGCGGAGGAUGCCAUAAACACCUUGUCAGCCGAUGUUGCCGCUGCCGAUGAGGACUGUCAGUGGUAUUACAAGGACAGCUAUGGGCAAGUCCAGGGCCCGUUUCCUGCAUCCAAAAUGCAAGAGUGGGUUGGGGCAGGCCACCUUGGUGCCCAGAUUGAGGCUAGAGCCAUCGACGAAACGGACUUCUCCCCAAUCGGCACAGAGUCCUUUCGAAGUCCAGAGAUCUCCCUCCAUGUUGUGAAGGAGAGCUGUCGAGUAUUCGAGCCGGUGGAUGCGCCAGCAGCGAAAAAGGAACAGAACUGCUCGCGUGCAGCGUCUGGAAGGCCUUGGAACGCCAAGUGUGGAACUGCUUCCUCUGGCCUCCAACAGACUGGAUUCUCGAGCACUUAG